UAUCCGAGCACGAGAACUGAACCACAGAAAAUUUAAAAGUCUUUUAGAGGAAGUGGAUAGUCAAUACAAUGAUGUUCUUUUACAUACCUCAGUACGUUGGCUUAGCAGGGGGAAAGUUCUGGAAAAAUUUUUUUCUUUGUGAAAAGAAAUAAUGCUGUUUUUACAGCAAAAUAAUAAAAUAUACAGUGAACUGCAAAAUAAUGAAUGGUGGUGUAUUGUAGCGUUUCUGUGCGACAUUACAGAGAAGCUGAACAGUCUCAAUACUGGUUUGCAGGGUAAAAAUAAAAUAAUUUCACAGAUGGCAAAUAAAAUAUUUGCCUUCGAAGAAAAAUUAAACAUUUAUUACCAAGAAAUACAGAACAAAAUACUGCGAAAUUUUCCAACCAUGACAAACGCUAAGCAGGACGGUAUUAAUAUUUCUCCAGAAAACUAUACAAUUUUUUCAAAUUAUUUAACUGCGUUAUCUGAGGAAUUUAAACAUAGAUUUCAUGAUCUAAGGAAAAUAAAAAAUAUCCUGUUGCUCAUUGAAAAUCCCUGGCACUUGGAACCGGCAAUAAUAUCAGAAUUGGCUGAUAUAUUUGCAUGUAAUUACGCAGAGCUAUUUGACGAAUUUAUUGAGAUGAAGAACAAUACACACCUGGAAGCUAUUUUUAAAGAAAAAAGAGCGGAAAAUAAUUACGUUGACUUCUGGAAAGUAGUGCCCGAACAAUAUAAGACUGUAAAAAAAUGUGCUCAAAUUUUACUUACGUUGUUCGCAUCAAUGUAUCUAUGUGAAACGUCAUAUUCAAAAAUGAAAUAUGCAAAGAACAUAUAUAGAAACCGGCUUACUGAUUCACACCUGGAUGCCGUUUUACAAGUAGCAUGCAGCAGUUACAAGCCUGAUUUAAAUGAAAUUGUGAAAAAAUGUUCGCAAUAUCAACAGUCACACUAAAUUUCUAGGGUAAGUGAAAAAUUAUGUAAGUUUUUUAUUAUAAUUGUUAUGUUGCGGCCCGCGUGUAAUAGCUAUCAUGUGUAUGUGGACCGAGAAAAAAAAAGGUUGAGUAUGGUGGAGCUAUACCCUCACAAUGCAGUCAAGAAAAGCACAUCUUGUCUGACGUGUCUGCCCGGUCUGCAUCGAUCGGUUGACUCCAAGCCGAGGUCAAGAAUGAC